AUGAAAUCUCCUCUUUGUCGUAACAGUUUUGAUGGUAUUUUGAGGCAGAUGAUGACAUCGUCCCAGCCUGAAGACUCUAUUCUUCGACCAAACCCAGGAGAAGAACGCCUAUUCGAUGUUGAAAACAAUCCAUUUGCUUUCUCCCCAGGUCAAUUGGGCAAGCUCAUAAAUCCAAAAAGCGUUGCCGCUUUUGUCGCUCUAGGGGGACUUCUUGGGCUAGAGAAAGGUCUAUGGACCAAUUGUCGUGCUGGCCUUGGUAUUGAUGAACAUUACAUUGUUCAAUCAAUCACAUUCGAGCAAGCGACGACAGCUCAUCUAUCGCCUGGGCUGCUCAAAGAGAGCGAACAAGCUGGGAACCAUCCCUUGGUUUGCUCCAACGAUAGACCAAGCAGUAGCUUCACUGAUAGGAAACGAGUCUUUGGCGAAAAUCGGUUGCCAGAACGAAAAUCGAAAUCAAUUCUCCAGCUGGCGUGGAUUGCUUUGCAUGAUCAUGUACUCAUACUGCUCAGCGUCGCAGCUAUUGUCUCGCUUGCCCUUGGAUUAUAUCAGACAUUUGGACAAACGAAACAUGAAGGCGCUAAGGUUGAGUGGGUCGAAGGCGUGGCGAUCAUUGUUGCGAUCACAAUCGUUGUGAUUGUUGGUGCGUUGAAUGACUGGCAGAAAGAACGCCAAUUCCGAAAGCUUAACAUGAAGAAAGAGGAUCGCUUUGUUAAAGUAAUCCGUUCAGGUAGCCCUAUGCCCGUGUCUGUUUAUGAUGUAGUUGUGGGAGAUGUUAUGCUUUUGGAACCAGGCGAUAUUAUUCCGGUUGAUGGAGUCUUCGUUCAAGGCCAUAGUCUGAGUUGUGACGAGUCUUCGGUCACAGGGGAGUCCGAUUUGGCCAAAAAGGUCCCAGCAGACGAUGUACAGCAGGCGCUUCUCGACAAUGAAGGAUCAGAGCUGAAAAGUCUGGAUCCAUUUAUCAUCUCUGGGGCCAGAGUCCUAGACGGUGUAGGAUCUUUCCUCGUUACGUCCGUUGGACAGAAUUCAAGCCACGGUCGGACCAUGAUGUCGCUGUCGGAGGACCCUGGACCUACCCCCUUGCAACAAAAACUGAAUGUUCUGGCUGGUUACAUCGCAAAACUUGGAGGCGGGGCGGGGUGCUUGUUAUUCACCGUCCUUUUUAUUGAGUUUCUGAUCAGACUGCCCGGAAACGAUGGGUCUCCAGAAGAGAAAGCACAAGAUUUUCUACAUAUUCUUGUCAUGGCCAUCACCAUUAUUGUCGUUGCUGUCCCUGAAGGCCUCCCACUGGCGGUGACACUGUCACUGGCGUUCGCUACCAAGCGCAUGACAAGAGAAAAUAAUCUCGUUCGCCACCUUCAAUCAUGCGAAACAAUGGGGAAUGCCACUGUUAUCUGCUCAGAUAAAACAGGCACCCUAACGGAAAACGCCAUGACCGUGGUGACCGGUGCACUGGGCCGCGAGCCACUACUAUUUGGUGAUCAGAAUCUACAAUCUGGGCCUGAUGGUAGUGCGCUUCAUAUACAGCAUUCUCAAACGAAGCCUCAAGGGCCAGCCAGCGCAUCGUCGACACAUGUGGAGAUGCAACAACAUGAACGGAUUUCUGCAGACCAAUUAUCCUCAAAGCUCUGUACGGAGGUUCAAACUCUACUGAAGACCGCUCUUGCAGUAAACACUACUGCUUUUGAGAGUGAAGAGAACGGCAGGACGGUAUUUGUGGGAACUAAAACAGAGACAGCCCUCCUUGAUUGGGUUCGUCGAUAUUUUGGACUUGGUCCAGCCUCUUUGGAACGUGCCAACAGCUCCCUACAGCAGCUGUUCCCAUUUAAAUCAGAGCACAAAUGCAUGGGAGCGGUAAUCAAGCUGUCUCAAUCCGAUAUUUGCAAAAGUGAAGCAAAGUAUCGGUUAUUUGUGAAGGGAGCUCCGGAAGUGGUCCUAGCACAAUGCAGCACCUCGCUGUUUGAAGUAUCGAAAUGUAUAUCACAGGUACCGAUAUCGGAAUACCAGAAAGAUACUAUCAGACAUAUCAUAUAUGGCUUUACGACACAAUCAUUACGAACUUUGGCUCUUUCAUAUGUCGACUUCCAGGAGUGGCCCCCGCAUUGGAUCCAAACAGACGACAGCUCAACGGGUUCUAGCGAUAUUGAGCUUCCCGACCUUCUUCAAGAUAUGACCUGGAUCGGCGUUGUAGGGAUUCGAGAUCCCGUUAGACAAGAAGUCCCUGCUGCGGUCGAAGCUUGCCGAAGAGCAUCAGUGUCAGUCAAGAUGGUGACCGGUGACAAUAUUGAGACAGCAAGAGCAGUCGGGCGAGAAUGUGGCAUCUUGAAAACUUCAUCUGGAGAGGAAGGCUUGGUGAUGGAAGGGCAAGACUUUCGCCGACUACCUGAUAAAGAAAAAGAAGAGGUUGCCAAAGAUAUCUGCGUUUUGGCCAGGUCCAGCCCGGAAGAUAAACGCAUUCUCGUCAAAACUCUACAGAGCCUCGGUGAGAUUGUCGCAGUGACAGGGGAUGGUACGAAUGAUGCGCCGGCUCUGAAGGCUGCCGACGUGGGCUUUUCCAUGGGCUUAUCUGGAACUGAAGUCGCUAAAGAGGCGUCUGAUAUUAUCUUGAUGGAUGAUAACUUCACGUCUAUCGUUAAGGCGCUUGGUUGGGGACGGGCCGUGAACGACUCCGUGAAGAAAUUUUUACAGUUCCAACUUACUGUCAACAUCACAGCAGUCAUCAUAACAUUUGUUACGGCUGUAUCCGAUAACAACGAAACCGCAGUGCUCAACGCAGUACAACUGCUGUGGGUUAAUCUCAUUAUGGACACGUUUGCGGCGCUUGCGCUUGCGACAGACCCGCCAACAGGAAGCGUACUUCAACGUAAACCAGAGCCGCGGACAGCUUCUCUUAUUAGCUUCAUCAUGUGGAAGAUGAUCAUCGGCCAAUCCAUCUACCAGUUGAUUGUUUGCUUCGUAUUAUGGUUUGCCGGAUCUAACCUCGGUUACCCAGAGUCCCAGUUAAGAACUCUUAUUUUCAACGUGUUUGUUUUUAUGCAAAUCUUCAAGCUCAUAAACAGCCGUCGUAUUGAUAACAAGCUGAACAUAUUCGAAGGUUUGUACCACAAUUGGCUGUUCAUGGUGAUGAUGUCGAUUAUGGUCGGUGGGCAGUUAAUUAUUAUUUAUGUUGGUGGUGAGGCGUUUGUGGUCGUCCGGCUGACUGGUGAGCAAUGGGCCAUCUCUAUUGGCUUAGGUCUUGGCUCAAUUCCCAUGGGUAUUCUCAUUCGCUUACUUCCCGAUGAAACCUUACGAAAGGUUUGUCAUAAGAUUAUGAAAAGAAUUAGGCGCAAGUAG